AUGGAAAGAGGAUAUACAAGAGCUCAACGGCGUCAACGAGUUGAAGAGGUCAUCACUGAAAUGAAUUUGGUUGAUUGCCAAACAACAUUGAUUAGGAUCCCAAACCGAACCAAGGGAAUUUCUGUUGGUGAAAAGAAGCGUUUAGCGUUUGCAUGUGAGGUGCUCACUGAUCCUUCAAUUCUUUUCUGUGAUGAGCCAACACGUGGUCUUGACUCGUUCAUGGCACAACAAGUUGUUACUUGUCUUCUUCGCUUGGCCGCUCAAGGGAAAACUAUUGUCACUGCCAUUCAUCAACCGUCAGCUGAAGUCUUUCAAAUGUUUCACAAAGUAUGUUUUAUGGCUAAUGGUCGAUCCGCGUUUCAUGGACGAGCCUCUGGAAAUUUUAUCCUUUUUGGAAGCAAUCAUGACGAUCAUAUUGAGCGAGUUUAUUUA